AUGGCCCGCUCAAAAAAACACGCAGCACAGAACGGCUCUUCUUCAAUAUCAACAUCCACCGAAGACCUCUCCAGCAACAACGACGUGAAACAACUCCUAACACCCUCAUCUCCCGAUAGACCUACGGGUCCCCUGUCCGUCGUUAUCCCCCCUGAAGACAGAGAGGUCGUGAAAGUGAACAACGCGAGUUUUACGGAGCUCAAGAACGCCUGUGACGAUGCUGUCAAACGCUAUCUAUCAAGACCCGACUUGUUCAAGCAGAUCCAUCUGCAUACUGAUAUCCGGUUAGGCCUGGGGUGGCUUAGCGUGUUCGUGGCUGCUGGUACCGCGCUGUAUGGGUACAAAAUCGACUUUGAAAAAUCAAAACCGGUCGUGACCAUUGGCCUUGUCUUGUACAUGGUCCUCACGGCCCUCUCAACGCUAUACGCCUACUUUAUUGAGGGCGAGACCGUCUUUGUCGGGAAACGAAAAACGUUUUCGAAGAGGAUAAUAACUGAAAGAAUAAGCCUUUCCUCACACACCGAGCCCGUCGCUGGCUCCAAGCCCCCUGCGUACCAACUGGCACUGCAUUAUGUCCGCUCAACGAACGGCGGCAAGUCGCUCCUUGCCAAGGGCCGGACGCGCGGCGUGAAGGGAUACAACGAGUUCUUUGAUGAGCAAGGAACGAUGGAUCAGGAGAGGUUUGAGCGCUGGGUUGGGGAGCUGGUGGAGGAGGCUAUGGAUGGGAAGGCUGCCUAG